UUCUUCGUCUCCUCAUCCAGCUGCUCGGGGAGAUGCGGCCGCCGCCCAGGAGGAGCUCACCCGGCGGCGACAGUGUCCGCCGCCGUCCGCUUGCCGCGACGGCGAGCGCGCGCGGCCGUACGUGCCGGCCCGUGUCCGAAAGGCACACCCGUCCCGUCUGCUAUAUCCGGGCGGCAAGUAAUGUCGACUUUCUGUUAGCACUUCCUCCAUAAAUCCCAAAACGGAAUUGCGGGGGAAUCGGGAAAUAAUCCGUGGCUGGAGCUAAAAACCAAGGACCCGAGAGUCCGAGACUAGGGUUUCGGCUGGUUCGUUCCCCUUCGCGAACCACAUUCCAUUCCCCUGCACUGCCGCCGCCUCCGGCCUCUCGAGGCUACACACUCCCCACCGGCUCGCGGCGGCGGCGGCAUUGAUGGCGGAUCGGCUGACGCGUAUCGCGAUCGUGAACGAGGACAGGUGCAAGCCCAAGAAGUGCCGCCAGGAGUGCAAGAAGAGCUGCCCCGUCGUCAAGACUGGGAAGCUUUGCAUUGAAGUUAGUUCUGCGUCGAAGGUAGCAUUCAUCUCUGAAGAGCUGUGCAUUGGUUGCGGAAUUUGCGUUAAGAAAUGCCCUUUUGACGCCAUCGAGAUCAUCAACCUUCCAAAAGAUUUGGAGAAAGAUACCACCCAUCGCUAUGGGCCAAAUACCUUCAAAUUGCACAGGUUGCCUGUUCCAAGACCUGGUCAAGUUUUGGGCCUUGUCGGGACCAAUGGAAUUGGCAAGUCCACAGCACUUAAAGUCUUAGCUGGCAAGCUGAAACCCAAUUUGGGGCGAUUCAAAAAUCCACCUGAUUGGCAGGAGAUCCUUACAUACUUCCGUGGGUCUGAGCUUCAGAAUUACUUUACGCGUAUAUUGGAGGAUAACCUGAAGGCAAUCAUCAAGCCUCAGUAUGUUGACCACAUUCCAAAAGCUGUCCAAGGAAAUGUGGGACAAGUACUUGACCAGAAAGAUGAGAGGGGUAUCAAAGCUGAGCUUUGUGUUGAUCUUGAAUUGAACCAAGUUAUUGACCGAAAUGUAGGAGAUCUUUCUGGUGGUGAACUUCAGAGAUUUGCGAUAGCAGUCGUUGCUGUGCAAAGUGCGGAAAUUUACAUGUUUGAUGAACCAUCAAGUUAUCUUGAUGUUAAACAGAGACUUAAGGCUGCACAAGUCAUUAGGUCCUUGCUUAGAGCAAACAGCUAUGUCAUCGUUGUGGAACAUGACCUGAGUGUCUUAGAUUACUUGUCCGACUUUAUUUGCUGCUUAUAUGGAAAGCCAGGAGCUUAUGGUGUAGUUACACUUCCAUUUUCGGUCCGAGAAGGUAUCAAUAUUUUCCUGGCUGGAUUUGUUCCAACCGAAAAUCUUCGGUUUCGAGAUGAAUCUCUUACAUUUAAGAUUGUGGAGAGCCAGGAAAGUGCUGAGGAGAUUGAGACGUACCAGCGGUACAAGUACCCUACCAUGAGCAAAACGCUGGGAAAUUUCAAGCUCACUGUCAUGGAAGGUGAAUUCACUGAUUCCCAGAUUGUUGUGAUGCUUGGCGAGAACGGGACAGGGAAAACUACCUUCAUCAGACUGCUGGCUGGGCACUUGAAGCCAGAUACUGUGGAGGGUACUGACAUUGAAAUUCCAGAAUUUAAUGUGUCCUACAAGCCUCAAAAGUUGAGCCCAAAAUUCCAGGGUUCGGUGAGGCAACUGCUUCAUAAGAAAAUACGGGACUCGUAUACUCAUCCUCAGUUUACGUCUGAUGUUAUUAAGCCACUACAAAUUGAGCAGCUCAUGGACCAGGAAGUUAUUAACCUAUCAGGUGGAGAACUCCAAAGAAUGGCCUUGUGUCUUUGCCUUGGACAGCCUGCAGAUAUUUAUUUGAUUGAUGAACCAAGUGCAUAUCUUGAUUCAGAGCAGCGUAUUGUUGCAUCAAAGGUUAUCAAAAGAUUUAUCCUUCAUGCAAAGAAAACUGCAUUUAUUGUCGAGCAUGAUUUCAUCAUGGCAACCUACUUAGCUGACAAGGUUGUCGUUUAUGAGGGACGUCCUUCUAUUGAUUGUACUGCCAAUGCACCACAGUCUUUGGUAUCUGGGAUGAAUAAAUUCUUAUCGCAUCUUGACAUUACAUUUAGAAGAGACCCGACCAACUAUAGGCCGCGGAUAAACAAACUGGAAUCCACAAAAGACAGGGAACAAAAGUCUGCAGGAUCCUACUACUACCUUGAUGACUAAUCCUGAGGGAGUACAGAAUCCUCUCUAAGGGCUUUCCAGAAUUAUGAAUUAUGCAGAAGAUCAGCUGGAUGCUGUCAAGUGGAUGUGGCAUGUUAAAUAAUUAACUAGUGUGAUCUGCAUCGGUUGUACACCAGAGGAUGUGUUGUUCAUAGUGAGUUUUUGUCGGUUCGGCAUUUGUAGGGACAAUGGUCAUCUCUUCUGUAAUUUGCAUUAGUGUAUCAUUUACAUUAUUAUUUUGUCGGUUUCUGCCGAGAAAUGACUCAUGGAGUGAUCCAUAUCCUUAAUGGUGAUGAUAAUUCAGAGAAUAUCAAUAGUGCCCUUUAUUUUA